UAACAAUAAUUAUUAAAUAAUAAAAUGAGCAGCGAAAAAAAGGCAAUGGAAUUACAAUUCCAGGUGCGCCAAAACGCACGUGAGUAUCAGAGCUCGGUCAAGGAUCUGUACUCAUGGGAAAAGGAAAUUAAGAGCAAGGAACUGGCAAUGCUAAAUGCGCCCGCUCCAAAAAUUCAGACAAACAAUACACCCGUACGCAGCCAUGUCAAGAAAACGGAUGAGACACUUAAGAAACCAGCAACAAACAGUGGCACUAGUAGCCCAGCGAUCACCCCAACUGAGAAGCAGGAUUUGCCUACAGAUACACUUGCCCAGCUGCAUAAGAAGGCAAAUGAUAUAAAGGAUCGCGGCAAUAGCUAUGUGAAAUUGAGCGAAUAUGAGAAAGCUAUUGAGGCGUAUACCGAAGCUAUCGAAGUCUAUUCACUAGAUCCCAUAUACUAUAUCAAUCGGGCUUUAUGUUUUUUAAAGCAGGAAAGCCAUGAUAACUGCAUUGAGGACUGCGAUGCAGCCAUUGGGCUGGACAAGUUGUGCGUUAAGGCCUACUAUAGACGCAUGCAAGCAAACGAAUCGCUGGGCAACAAUAUGGAAGCCUUGAAGGAUUGCACCACUGUACUGGCCAUCGAUCCGAAAAACUACGAAGCCAAACGUAGUUUGGAACGCAUCAAUGAACGCUUACGAAAAAUUGCUACUAAAAAUGGUCCCAACUUCAGUGCUGAUCGCGAAGAUUUUGUGGAUAUCUUACCAUUUGAUAAGGCGGCUUCCAGGCGUUCGAAACAGCCCAUGCGCCGCAUCAGUGUUGUAGAUAUUGUUACACCUCGUCCAGGUCAGGAUGAUCAGAAACAAUUGCGCAUCUCGGAUGAGGAAAUUGAUAAAAUAUUCAAUAGCAAUUGCGGACCCUUUGAAGAAGUGAAGAAAAAAGUUAAGCUACAGACGAAGGUAGCACAGCCAAAUACUUUGGAAGCCAAUGAUAACUUAAAUGUUAAAAUUCAGGAAACUAAGCAACCAGCUCAGCAUCAAUCAACAGUCAAGGAAGAAAGUAUACAAUCGUCGACAAAGCUUAUUGAAACUAUUAUUCCUCAAACCAUAAAACCAGCAGCAGAAUCGAACCAGACUAACCCAAUUGUAGAAAAGUCUGUCAAAACUCAAUCACAGCCAAUAGUAAAAGAGAGUAGUAUCACAAACGUGCCACAACCAACUAAAACUGAAAAACCAAGCACCUUAAGCAAUAAAACUAAGAUCGAACAAGAGGACAAAAAAGUUAAAACAAUGGAGCGCAUACCACCUGCUCCCUCCGGCACUGCCCAGUUCUACAUGACUUGGAAAGAAUUGUCACCAAAUCAGAAAUAUCAAUACUUGAAAUCUAUUGAAAUACCCAAUUUAUGUAAAAUACUUGGCGCUGGCUUUGACUCUGAUACAUUUACGGAUUUGUUGCGCACAUUGCAGGAUUUCUAUGUGCCCAACAAGGAGCCAACGACAGCGGCAGUUUUGCUGGAGAUAAGCAAAAAUGAUGAAUUCAGCAUUUUGGUGAUAUUUAUGUCGCCAGAAGACAAAAAUAUGGCUGCUUGUAUCAUGGAUGCUAUUUCAAAGUUUCCCAAAAAUAAUCCAGGCCUAUUGCAAAAACUGGGCAAGCUUUACAAUGUAGCCUAAAAAUUGUUAUAAACAAUAAACGUACUUGAUUUGCUUCAAAUUGUUA